GGGUACGUACCGUCCUUCUCUAAGGGAAGGUCAGGUCAGCUCCAGCUUGCAACGUCAACCGAAAGAGGCCGAACGGUUAAGCUCAUCCUCUACCACAACCGAAUCCUGACAACGACAACGAACGGCCACCUUCAACAACCACGAAACCUUGCCUGUCCAACCGCCUCAUCGUUCUCUUUGACCUCCUUUCACCAGAAAAUGACAUCGCAAUAACUUACAAUGGCCAAGGCCCCAAAUCAUGGAGCCCUCCGAGACGACUCCCACCACCCGGACGCUGCUCCCGGUCCAAGCGAAGAGGACAGAAGUCUCCUUGCCGAUGAUCCCCUCACCAACGAUGGGCCUCACAGCGGCACUGUCGCCCCUGGCGGCGACGGCGGCGAGUACUUCGUGACGAAGCAUGCGACAUCCCUCCGCUCGCCAGGAACGCCGCGGACCCCGAACCGCGUCCGCUUCAACCCCAUCCCCUCCAUCGUCGAACCGCCGCCGCCGCGCCCCUCCAUGACUGCGAGCAACGGCUCCGCCCGCCAAAGCCGCGACAGCUUCGACAUCGACGACGAGCUCUUCCAGCACGCCCCCGGCCCCGAUGAUCACGACAACCACCACCGCCUGCCCCUGCUAACCGACAUCGAGGCCCCCUCCAUCGCUCUCGCCAACAGUCCCUGGGGAGCCGACGCCGAGGAUGUACAUGAGUGGGCCGAGCAGGAGCGCGCGCGUCCCAAGUCGGGUCUGCGAAUGGCUUUCAUGAACAUGGCCAACUCCAUCAUUGGUGCCGGCAUCAUCGGUCAGCCAUACGCGUUCAAGCAGGCCGGACUGCUGGCCGGCACCAUCCUGCUCGUUGUCCUCACCGUCGUCGUCGACUGGACCAUUUGCCUCAUCGUCAUCAAUAGCAAGCUGUCCGGGAGCAACAGCUUCCAGGGGACUGUUGAGCACUGCUUCGGCAGGACGGGACUCAUCGCCAUCUCGGUCGCGCAAUGGGCGUUUGCCUUUGGCGGCAUGGUCGCAUUCGGUAUCAUCGUUGGCGACUCAAUACCCCACGUCUUUUUGGCCAUUUGGCCCGAUUUGAGGGAGAUGCCAGUAUUUGGCCUCUUGGCGAAUCGCCAGGUCGUCAUUGUCAUUUUUGUCCUGGGCAUCAGUUACCCGCUGACCUUAUACCGGGAUAUUGCAAAGCUAGCGAAAGCAAGCACAUUGGCCCUCAUUAGCAUGGGAGUCAUUGUGACGACGGUCGUGGUUCAGGGAGCCCUGACUCCCAAGUCCGAACGCGGAUCUUUCUCGCCUGCUCUUCUAACCGUGAACACCGGCAUCUUGGAAGCCAUUGGCGUGAUUUCAUUCGCGUUCGUCUGCCAUCACAACUCUCUCCUGAUCUACGGCUCUCUCAAAACGCCCACGAUAGACCGCUUCUCCCGCGUCACGCACUACUCAACAGGCAUCUCCAUGGUCGCCUGCCUCCUGAUGGCCCUGGCAGGAUUCCUGACUUUCGGCGACAAGACGCUCGGCAACGUCCUCAACAACUUCCCCUCGGAUAACGUCAUGGUCACACUGGCCCGCCUGUGUUUCGGGCUCAACAUGCUGACUACCCUACCUCUCGAGGGCUUCGUUUGCCGAGAGGUCAUGUUCAACUACUUUUUCCCUGGCGAGCCAUUCAACAUGAACCUCCACCUCAUAUUCAGCUCCGCUCUCGUCGUUUCUGCCAUGGUCAUGAGUCUUCUCACUUGCGACGUCGGCAUCGUCUUCGAGCUUGUCGGCGCCACGUCCGCGUGCGCGAUGGCCUACAUCCUCCCACCACUGUGUUACAUCAAGCUCACGACUCGAUCGUGGAAGACGUACGUCGCAGCCGCCAUCGUUGUUUUUGGUAGCUUGGUUAUGGUAAUUAGUCUGAUACAAGCGGUUGGCAAAAUAAUCAGAAACGAUGGCGGACCGGCGCAAUGCAUGUAAAAGCAUCUUGUUGUGUACGAAUAAAGGGUUUUUUAGUUUUUUUUUUUUUUAGUUCCGAUUGGUUCUAAAUGGGGAGGGGGUACGAGGAGGAGAUUUCCGACCUUCCAUCUCGGGCCGUGGCUGUAUUGUAUAGAAGCCGAAGGUCCCAUGCACAAUAGCGGGAAAGUGACCCAGGGACACGUGUAGUGUUGGACACAAUCUGUAUCAUUAUAGAACCCCGACAGAGAUUCGGGGGAAGGCUUAGAAGUGGCGCCCAUGACAGUAUCCAUGUUUUUGACCUACCAGCCUCUUUUGUGAGAUAUCGU